AUGCUACCGCGUGAAGGAAUCUUUAAGAAUGCUACCGCGACUUCUAUUAUUGGGAACGAUGAGCUUUGUGGGGGAUUGCCAGCAUUUCACCUCCCCAAGUGCAUCUCCAAAAGCUCCAAGCGAAGAAAAAUCCAUGUAUUUGUAUCGUCGGCUUGUGCUACUUUUGUCAUUCUUGGAAUAGUUCCUGUUAUGGUUUUUCUAUAUCUUCGUUGGUUGAAGAAGAAAGUAAAAGAACCGAUUUCAACUUCCAUGGACGAUUCAUGUCCAAACAUAUCUUAUCGAGCACUCUUAAAAGCAACCGAUGAUUUUUCUUCAAUGAAUUUGAUCGGUGUUGGAAACUUUGGCUCUAUUUACAAGGGGAUACUUGAGGAGAAUAGUACAACCGUUGCGGUGAAGGUGCUACAUUUAGUGCAUCGUGGUGCGUUGAAGAGCUUCCUGGCGGAGUGCGAGGCAUUAAAGAACGUGAGACAUCGAAAUCUUCUAAAGAUAUUGACGGUUUGCUCGGGUGUUGAUCAUCAGCAAAAUGAUUUUAAGGCCUUAGUUUAUGAGUACAUGGAAAAUGGAAGCCUCGAAAGGUGGCUACAUCCAAACCCAACACCAUCUCACAAGAAUGAGCCUACCCGGACAUUGAAUUUCUUUCAAAGGAUAAACAUUGCUAUUGAUGUCGCCUCUGCACUGGAUUAUCUUCAUCACCAGUGCCACAUCCCCAUCAUACAUUGUGAUCUAAAGCCGAGCAAUAUCCUCUUAGAUGCUGAGAUGGUCGCCCAUGUUGGUGACUUUGGAUUGGCAAAGUUCCUCCUUGGAUCAUCCUCCGAUACCGUGGCUAAUCAGACGAGCUCAAUGGGCAUAAGAGGAACAAUCGGUUAUGCUCCACCCGAAUAUACGAUGGGAUGCAAGGUGUCAAGAGAAGGCGACAUCUACAAUUACGGCAUCCUCUUAUUGGAGAUGUUCACGGGGUUGAGUCCCACCGACGACACCUUCGGAGACAAUUUGACUCUUCAUAGCUUUGUGGCAGAAGCUUUGCCCGAACGAGUGCUGGAAAUUACGGAUCGCAUUCCGCUCCAAGAAAGAGAGAAUCAUCCAAACCCCAGCUGUCCUCGGCAUUGGCUCUCCGAAAGCGACGGCAGAUUUCAAGAGUGCUUGGUUACAGUAUACAAUAUUGGAGUCGUUUGCUCCGAUGAUGUGCCUUGA